AUGUGGAAGAAGUUAAAGGCUUUGGCCGAGCCUCUGGAGCGUCUUUUGACGACUUUGGAGACUAAAGGAGGACUAAAGUCCAAUACAACACACAAGGGUGGAGCUUUACAAUUUACUUGCUUUAAUAAGCAACAAGUGCAAAAACCAGUUAACAACUUUGCAAAUUCAAAUAAAUCAAUAGCUCAAACCAAACUUUUUAAUUUUCUUUUUGAAAACUUUUCAAUUCUUAAAGCAUUUUCCCUCCAACCAGCGCCAAAACCUGUGGUUUUUUCACGAACUCCUCAAUAUUUCCGUAAACCACAAGGGUUUGGAAUAAUUUCUCAACACGCUUUUCUACAACCUGCUGGAACUAGUAAUAUAUUUGGUCGAGGGGUUAGAAAUUUCUCUACUAUUCAACCUAUGUUGAAUAAUGGUACUGGCUCUGGUAGUGCAGUUCUUGCUCAGUUGAGUUUAAAACCAUUUACCACUUUUUCUUGUAAAUCUGGUUCAUUAUGGUUCCAGAAGCAAGAAUCUUUAAACCAAAAUAACAAAGAAUCGGGUGAUAUUAAUAAACGAACAGCCAAGAAAAAGGAAAAAGCAAUGGGACGCAAAUAUUUUAUCUUAAGUAAUAACAAAGGUAUUCCUGAUAUAGUUAAAAAUUCUAAUAUCAUCGAAGAGAAUACAAACAAAAGGAUUGUUCGCAGAUCAAAUAUAAAAAAUCUAUCAGAAACGAGCAAAGCUGUUGAAAAUACACCCGAAGUCCUUGUCAAUGACAGUGAAAAAGUUCAAGUUUAUAUGUCUAUUAUGCUUAGUUCAUCUAUUUGCUGGAAUAAUGAUAACUCAACUUCAAUGUCUAAUUGUACAAAUAGUACAAAUAGUAUUAAUUCCACUAUAUCUUACCUUCUUCAAAAUAAGAAUAAUUCCGUUUCUCAAAAAACCGGUUUGCAAUUAAAUUCAUUAGUUCGACAUCUUCAAGAAACUGCAGAAAUGCAACAUGAACACAUGAUGAAAGUUAUUUCCAUAUUAGGAGCAUUGCUGCAACAUGAUGACUUUGAUGUUGAGAUUAAUGGGUGUGAAUUGCGUAUAAAUUUCCCGCGUGGUAUGCGAAAAAUUGAGAUUGAAAAUUUGUUACAAAGUUUGAGUAUUGAUCCGAAUAGUCCACAUUUCGAGCUUGAGGAAUUUGUUUUUGAUGAAAGUAUCGCGAUAUCUCCUCUAACAGAUGAAAAUGACGAUAUGCAAUUACCCGAUCCAAAUAAUUAUUACUCUGAUAACGAACUUGCAGAAACAACAACAGAUUUAUCUUCUUCAUUUGGUUAUGAAAUUUUGUCAUAUUUAUCAAGUAAUGAUGGUAGUCCUAUUCUGAUACCAAGUAGAGUCUCGGUGAAUAGUAUAAGUUGCUCUCCAUCGCCUUGUAUGUCACCUGUCAAUUCACCCCCUAGGCUUGGAAGUGAAUACAUUAUUGGCAUCCAAGAAUUCCUAAAUGCUGUUGAUGAAGCCCUCGUUAAAAACACAAACAUGUUUAAUAGGGAAGAUGAUGAAAUUGGAGAGGAUUAUUAUGAAAAUUAG